UCACGAUCUUCAUCUUCUGAUAAAACCUCUCCUCUUUUCUCGGUACGUCAUGUCGACAAUUGCGCAUUCAUUGCGUGAUUAUCGUGAACCGACAAAAGUACAACAAGCAGUUUUUUCGUUCGGUUUACCAUCAGAAGAAAUACCGCAAGAUGAAAUACCUUCAGUUUUGUCAAUCUCAAAUCCACCAAGCGGAGGUGCAUCAGAAGCAGUCGAUCAAGCCGAACAAGAAGAUCAAGUGUAUGCCGGAAAGUUGAUCUUAUCGCAUUCAUUCUUAUGUUUUAUCAGCUUGGACAGGAGAAGUUGCAAGAUGACGCUGCCUUUGUAUUGUAUCAGAAGAGUGGAACGAUUGAAUACGUCCAGAAGUGGUGUGUUUGCAUUGGCAAUCGUCGUAUGGCAUGGAAUGCGAGUCAUCCUACAAUUGAACGCUUUGAGACCACAAUGUGAAUCUUUCUGUGCUCUCUUGCGUGACAAUUUACGUGGACAAUUAUCUCAAAUGAAAACACUGAAAGCCUUUGUAGCAGGAUGCUACAGCGAAGUACUCCUACAAGAAGCCAUAAAUGACAAAACGGCAGGAAAUUCAACAGGAAAGGAUGCAAGCGAAAAGCAGGGCGAAGCAUCAACACCCGGAGAGAAAGAUCAAGAAGAUCUAAUUGAUGCCUUACCUCCACAGCCUGAUUACCAUGCCGGAUUAGGAGCAAGAUUCAAAUAUCCCGGUGAUCCUCGUAAGCUACGGGAAAAGUCAAAAAUGAAACUAUGGAAAGAUUAUCUCAGAGUGCAUGGAAGAAAUCUGACACUUGUACGGUAUCCACAAUUUCUACGACUCGUCCAAGUUGGUUUGCCCAAUCGGCUGCGUGGUGAGAUAUGGGAGCUCACGUCGGGUAGCAUGUACAUGCGUUUUGCCAACCAAGGCGUAUACGAAAGCAUCCUGAAAGCAAACGAAGGAAAAGUCAGCACAAGUACAGAGGAAAUCGAGAAAGAUCUCAAUAGAAGUUUACCAGAGUACGCCGGAUAUCAGACACAGGAAGGUAUUGCUACACUUCGGCGUGUUUUGACAGCAUACAGUUGGAAGAACCCAGAGUUGGGAUAUUGUCAAGCGAUGAACAUUGUGGUUGCAGCUAUUCUGAUAUACAUGUCGGAAGAGCAAUGUUUCUGGCUCUUAGAUAUGCUGUGUGAUCGAUUGGUACCUGGUUACUACACGCAGUCGAUGUCUGGCACGAUUCUAGAUCAAAAGGUGUUCGAGCAUUUGGUGCAAAGGUCACUUCCGAUGAUCCACGACCACUUCGUCGAAACAGAUAUCCAAUUAUCUGUGGCUUCGCUGCCGUGGUUCCUCUCGCUGUAUAUCAACUCCAUGCCAAUGGUCUUUGCUUUCCGGAUUGUGGACUGCUUCAUGGCCAUGGGACCGAAAGUGCUGUUCCAAGUUGGGUUGGCAAUUCUCAAGAUCAACGGAGAAGAGCUGUUAUCUGGCACUAUAACAGAUGAUGGAGCGUUUAUCAAUAUGAUCAAGAAGUACUUUGCUACCCUUGGUGAUUCGGCACAUCCUAAUAGCAGCAAUCCACGUCAUCGACAGAUCACAAACUUCCAAGAAUUGCUUGUGGUUGCUUUCCGUGAAUUUGGUGUGGUAACAGACGAUACGAUUGCAAGUGAGCGUAGACGAUUUAGACAAGAAAUUGUAGAAGAGAUUGAGCUAUUUGCCAAGCGGAGUGCCGUGAGGAAUUUGAAGACUUUGGGAAGAUUUACAAAGGAGCAGGUUGGACUCAUUUAUGAUCAGAUGGUGGAAGCCAUCUAUCGUACCCGACAUGCGCCAUCUUCUCUAGUCGAAAGAGAUGGAACGGCAAUCGAUGGACAUGGAAAGGCACCUGCUUCACCUGCCGUGAUCGCAGGAGGAGCACAAGAUUAUAAAGAGAUGCGAAUCGAUAUGCCAACAUUCACCUACUUUUUAGCAGAAAUUGCAACGUGGGCGCGAGAUGAAUUCACAAUCUCGAACGGGUUCACGGAACGAUUCGAAAGAAAGAUUCCAGAAAAUUCGGAUAUGUCCAGACGACUAUUCCACUUUUGGGAUCGUGAACAGAGAGGUUCUUUGAGCUUGCAAGAUAUCGUAUCUGGAUUGGAUACCAUCAUCUUCUCACGAGGUGAGCCGGAUUCUGCGAUCGAAUGGUUCUUCAAAUUGCAUUCACGUGGGAAGGACGCAUUGACAAAGGAUGAAGUUCUGCGAUUGAGCGAAUCGCUCUUGUUCAUGUUCCGUAACGAAAAUAGCGAUGGUCAUUUGGGAGCUGUCAGUCAGCUUAUCACAUCUUCUUUCGGUGGUUCAGGAUCCGUAUAGAAAUUGUCAGGACUUUGGUUUUCAGCACGUUCAUCUUACACUUUUGUACUACACACACAUAUCAUUGAAUCGAAUUCACUACAGUUAUUGCGAGAAG